AUGUUAGCCAGCAAAAUGAAAGUUUUGGAGCCCGUACAGCCGAAAAGGAAAAUUCGUAAUCGUGAAAUCAGAGGACCUCAAAUCCACACAUUUGGUGUAAUCGAGAAGAAGUUCCAUUCAUCAGCUGCUCAAAAAAAUGCCUUAAAAUGUAUGCAACGUGAACAGUGGCUAAGACAGGCUGAAGAAGAUGCUGUGCAAGAAAAAUUUGCAAGAGAACGUUUGAAGUGGGAAGAUGUAACUGACCAGAAAAUAUUUAUCAACAAUGUAAAAACAGAAAUCAACAAGCAUCUUAAAAAUGAGCAGUUUGAUUUGGAGGCAAGACAAGAACAGUUGAGACAAUUGCUUUCACAAGAAGAAGAAGAGUAUUUCAAUCUUCUGGAACAAAAUGAAGAAACACCACACCAGCGUCAAGAAGCAAUGAAGCAAAGAGCCAAGAUCCUAAAAGACAAGCGAGAAGCAGAAAGGCUAAAAUUAGUGCAAGAAAAAUUGGAUCAACAAUUUAGGUUGCAAUGUGCACCUCUGCGUGAAGCACAAUCAAAGCGAAUAUUGAAUGAAAUCUGUUCGGAACGUCAAGAACAGAUUGCAAUGCACGAAGAAGCAAAUCGAGAGAAGCAAGCUGUUGAUGACAUGUAUGCCAAUCUAUGGAGAGAAGACAGUCAAAAAAAGAUUGCUAAUGAGGAACAGUUAGCAAAAGAGCGACAACAGCGAAGUAAAGAUUUGGCUACUGAAUUACGCAAACAAAUGGCCCAGCUGGAUGAAAAUAAACAGAAAGAAGAGAAGUUAAAGGAAGAAGAAUUGAGAUUAUUGAAGGAACAAAUGGCUCUGCAAAAAGUUGAAGAACAACAAGCACUGGAGGAAAAGAAAAAAAAACAGCAACAAAAAAAAGAAGAACUUGAUAAAACAUUACAGUACAGACUGAAAAGAAAAGCUAAGCUGGAGCAAGAAGAGAUAGCCUUUGAUAUUAAAAUGAUGGAAAAUUUAAUGAAAGAUUCACAUUCUGAAAGACAAACACAACACCAGAAAAAGCGAGAACGUCAGGAAGAGAAUGAAAAAUACCUGACUCAUCUACGUAAGCUUUUGGCUGAAGAGAAAGCAAGAGAAAGAGAGAUGCAACGUAUUAUUGAUGAAGAUGUUGAGAAGCAAUGGCAGAAACGUCUGGACAAGUGGCAACAAGAAAAAGAAGCCAGAAGAAGAUUAAUCAAUGAUGUAAUGAGGAUUAGGAGUCGGCAGUUGAUGGACAAAUUGGUGGAGAAUAACAAGCAACGAGAAGAAAGUGAGCGAGAAAAGCAGGAAGUGUUGCAGAGAAUUGAAGCAUAUAAAUGUGAGCAGGCAGAAGAAAUUGCCAGACAGCGGGAUAAGAUUUUGCAAUAUCGGCAUGACCUUCAAGGACAAAUAUAUUUUAACAAAUGCCAACUGGAAAAUCAAAAAGCAACUGAAGCAGAAGAACACAAGAAGGAAAUGCAAACUGAGAUGGAAUUGCAACAAAAGAUUAAUGAGGCGCUUUCCAUGCCGUUUUCAAAUCAGAACACACCCAUCCACCCAAUGCGAAGAGCAUUAAGUAAAUAA